AUGGUCGAGGCUAUCGAGCAGUUUCUAGACGGACUUCCAUCCGAAGAACCAGAAGUGAACGUGUGCAAACCUGCUUUGCUAGAUUCCGUCCCAGCCGAACCCACUUCCGACUUGUACUGCGUUCCAAGUGUGCGCGCCCACCUCUCGAGCGCCUCAUUAGUCCCUGUACGGACGCACUGCCCAGAAAUAUAUCAUGGCGAACCUAUUACGGAUCGAAAAAGUGUAUUUCAAGUGAGUUAGAUUUCGUUUGACCCCCCAUCACCAUGCGUGCACCGCUUGCGUGCUUCCACAUUAUAUUAACAUAUUUGUAGGCUAGAAGUCCCUCAUAAAUCCCCGUGCCGAUGUUGCCCACAUUAUAGUCAGUUAGGAACUCGGAGUUAAAAGACGAGAUAUCCCACUUUCUUAAUGAUCCCCUACAUCCUAAAACAUCUAAAGGUCUGAUAUUGCCUUCAAUAAAACCAUUUACUGGCUCUUUGUUUCUUACCCUCCUUCAUUUGACUGCAUCUGUAUUCGUGAAUUGUCAAGGCUGUGCAGCGCUCUUUAUUAGUAGAAAUAGUUGCUUUUUGGACCCUCUAAGGUAGCAUUAAUCUGCCUUUACCGUAUGAGGUACCUCAGUAGUUUUUUUCUUUGGCACUCUGCUUCGUUCAAGCAUGUCGGAUUUCGGUAUACUGCAAUGAAUAGUAUUAUGGGUAUAUUGUACGGCAAACCGUAGGCUAUGCACUUUGGUAUCGCUCUUGGGUGCCAGUGCGCAGGCCAAUUGGCCGUUCCUUCUUAGCAGUCCGUGACCUCCCCAAAGGUUCAGUCCCAAACGGUACUGACUUUCGCUUUUAGUGCUGUAUUCAUACCGAACUGACGUUUGCAGGACUGGGCCGUCGUAGUGGAAGGCGGUCAGCCAACAGUGGGGGCCACUUGGAUAUUGUUAAAUCCGUAUACAAUAGUUUAAGGGUCCAAUUAGUGACGAGAUACACCCCUGUCUACGGCUUUGCCUAGAUCACAGUAAGUUUGGAUUUGUGUAUUAUCUCACUUUAUUAUCCGCAGUGAAGUUCAAGUCAAAUGGGUUUGGUGAAUUUUAACUGCCAGAACAAUCCUCAGCUCCCUUAUUCUGAAUAGACCUUCCACUAUGUGUUUUUUCUCAGUCUCAUUAGGAAGUGUACGCCCUAUAAUCACUAUUUUUUUACCUGAUUCUUUCAGGCUCAUUGCUGUCACGUGAAUUCUCUGCAGGAGGUAUCCCUUUUCAUUAGGAAAAUGCUGGAAGAUAGCAAGGUUGCGAGUGCUACGCACAAUAUUACCGCCUGGUAUUUGCGGGCCAAACUAAGGGACUCCAGCAACACACUAUCGCUUGUAGCCGAUUUCGACGAUGAUGGCGAAACCCACGCGGGUGCUCGUUUGCUUCAUCUGUUGACGAUGGCUGCAGAUGAAGGCGUCGCGGUAAUGGUAUGUCUUAUUUUGUUGGCUUUUAAGAAGAAAAUGUAGUCGUUGGAGCAGGUUUACUGGCUUAACGUUCCGUAUUCUCAUCCGGACCCGCCAUCAGAGAGAGAUAAGUGACUCUUAUCUGCGACUGUCUUUGAUGACGGAUUCGGGUGAGAGUAUGAAACGUCAGGCCGAUAAACCUCUCGUUCCGGUGAUCGCACCUUAUUCUUCUAAACUUUUUCCUUGGACUUGCCUAUUCGCUUCUAGCGUUUUUUGGCUUUCAAGCUCAGGUAGCCCUUAUUGACGUUUCUUCCAGCUUAUAUGGUGACGUCUAUAUAACUAUCUAGCUACUUUUCCUCAUCGAACGCAUCCUGCUAAACCGAGUAGUACAUUUCAUGGCGAUUCUGCCCUCGCACCCAGAAUCGGACACAAAUUCCUCAAUGCCAUGCAACUUUUCGAUACUUUUUAGAUACUUGGGCCAACCUGA